AGAUUCAGCUAGUGUUCUGUGACAGAGCCCCUCUGCCUUGGAGCCAGCGCUUGCACAAAGAAGGUAUUAUCUCUCUGGAGAGCAUCUGCAGGGAUUGUUACAUGCCCUUAAACAAAUCUCGCCUGGUUUCUGCAAACAGCUUCAUAAAUCUGCAUGUCUCUCUAGUCCUGGCCAACCCUUUAUCUGUGCUUAAAACAUGGAAAACAAAUGGCUUAAAUGCUCAUUCCCAAUCCAAAGCGCUGCUCUGAGUGUUUAUCUUGAUCUCAAAGUCUAAGUUACGUUGAAACUGUGAUCUUAUCUAGUUAAGAUAACCCAGUUCUGUUCUCGGAGCCUCUCUGCUAUUGGCUAAUCCUAAUUCCUCUCCACUGAAUUACUUUCAGGUCUAUGAAACUGGUGUACGAGCAGUCUGGGGAGUUUGAAGGAGUGCCCACCUAUCGCUUUGUGGCACCAAAGACACUCUUUGCCAAUGGCACAGACUACCCACCCAACGAAGGCUUCUGCCCCUGCCUGCAGUCCGGGAUCCAGAACGUCAGCUCCUGCAGAUACAACGCACCCAUGUUCAUUUCCCACCCGCACUUCUACAACGCCGACCCUUUCCUGGUGGACGCUGUCGAGGGCCUGCACCCCAGCAAGGAGCAGCACGCGCUCUUCCUCGACGUGCACCCGAUGACGGGCAUCCCCAUGAACUGCUCCAUCAAGCUCCAGCUGAACCUGUACAUAAAGCAGGUGUCUGGUAUCUUACAAACAGGGAAGAUGAAGCCUGUGGUUCUGCCGCUGUUGUGGUUUGCAGAGAGUGGAUCCAUCGAAGGCUCAGUCUUAAAUCAGUUUUACACCACCCUGGUGCUGCUCCCAUCCGUGCUGGAUUAUCUGCAGUACAUCUUCCUUGGGCUGAGUAUCCCUCUCAUUAUCACAGCAGCUGUACUCAUGGCGAGGAAUAAGGAAAAAUGCUCUUUAUUUUGGAGUAGCAAUAAAAAGAACUCAGACACUAAUAAGGCCGACGAGGCCACCUCUGCCAAAAAGCUGCCUCCGGUUAAGGGACCGGUGUUGCGGGAAGCCAGACUGUAGGUGGGUACCCAGCCAAGGUAACACGCUUUUCUCUCAUCCCAAUUUGAUUAAACUUUGCUUGAAACCAAUCAAACGAAA